AAGGCUCUCCCUCUUCUAUUGUCACAGCUCUUCCUUCCUCCAAAUGUUCAAAUCCUUUCAAUUGCUGCCGUUUCUGAAAAAACCAAAGUGCCACGAUUACACAACUGAAGAGCUCAUCACCAAGAGCUUCAACAACGCCGACAUUGUCCUCUUUAGCAAUCAGAUUGGCCAGAUGAAUAUGGAGAAAGGAAAGAUCUUGCACACUCCAAAACAAUCCUUCACCAAUGGACAAGAGAAUGGAGAUUUAGAGCUACCAUUAUUUGAUUUUACUACAAUAAAUUAUGCCACAGAUAACUUUUCAAUUAAAAAUGUGCUUGGACAAGGAGGCUUUGGACCACUUUACAAGAAAAGUCCAGAACAUAGACCUACCAUGUGUACUGUGGUUUAGGUGUUGAGCAGUGACACUGCUCUACCUCAGCCUAAAGAGCCUGCUUUUCUCGAUGAAAUGGACGUACCAAGAGUGGAUUCUUCACCAAGGAAGCAAGAAGGAUGUUCAACUUCAAACAAUGGACUAACAAUUACAUUGCUAGAGGGUCGUUAAAGUAUAUGCCUAAAGAUGUGUAAAAUUUAAAAGCAUUGAUUCUCAAACUCUUUAGUUUACAUUGUUCAUACAUA